AUGAAACCUGUUACGCACACCGUCGGACUACUCGCCCUCCUCACGCCUGCCUUAGGGCUUGCCGUGGGGAGUCAAGGGGUUUUCGGCCGGUCUUCGACGAACCUCACGACCCCGGCGCUCGAUCCUACAAAGGGCAACCCCGCGACCGAAGUCCAUGAGGUACCGCCGCAGAAUGAGUUCGACAUCAUCGUUGUGGGCGGCGGGUUCUCCGGAGUCAUGGCGGCGUACGACGCUACUCAGGCCGGGCAUAAGACCCUGGUCCUUGAGGCAAGGCACCGCAUCGGCGGCCGAAGUCAGACUCAGGCGUUGCAUAGCGCGCCGGACAAACUUGUCGAGCUGGGUGCCACUUGGAUCAACAAGAUCACCCAGCCCGUCAGCUAUGCUCUAUGCGAGCAAUUUGGUUUAGAAACUGCGGAGCAGUACACCACGGGCGAUGUCAUCAGCCAAAUCGCCAAUGGCACUGUCCAUCGGACACCUCAGACACUCAACCAAACCGGCGAACCUAGCCCUGUGGACUUGUUCAACGGCCUGAUGGCGACCGCUGCGAACAACACCGACAUCUACAACUUUGACGAGUUCCCAGAGGACGAAGACGUGACCUUGGCCGAGUGGGUCGCCAAACAGGGGCUGUGGGAUGAACCUGGAGUCAAGGAAGCCGCCGGAAGCUUGACCAGCGCGCUUGUCGGCCGCAUGCCCCAUGAGCUUGGUGCCCAUUACAUCCUAGACUACAUCAAGUCCGGAAAAGGUCUGGUCAGCCUAAGCACGGAAGGCGAAUUCGGCGCCCAAUCGCUGAAGAUUAAGAAAGGAACGUCUGCAAUUACUGACGCACUCGUUGGCACCAUGGAAGAGGGGAGCGUGAAGGUGAACAGCCCUGUGAACCGCGUCGUCCAGCUCGGCGGCGAGGGGGUCCUCGUGACGACGGUCCACGGACAGAGAUACAAAGCCAGGAAAGUCAUCAUCGCGAUCCCCACCAACACAUACUCCCGCAUCCACUUCACGCCGCCCCUGCCGGCUUCCAAGAGAGGCCUGGCGACGAAGACCAUGCCGGGCAUCUACGCCAAGGUGAUCCUGAGCUACCCGGCGCCGUGGUGGCGGGAGGCCGGCCUCGUGGGCAAGGUCUUCUCGGAGGUCGGGCCUAUCUCCUUCGGCUGGGAGACCAGCGACAUUGAGACGGAGCAGUACAGCCUUGCCUUUUUCGUCGCGGGAGACUUCGCCGCCGCGUGGCACGAGCUGACCGACCUGGGGCGCGAGGAGGCCAUCGUCGAGCAUCUGGUCACGCUCGUCGGCUCCGAAUUGGCCGAUGAGGCGCGCAACCUCACGGAGUACAACGCCGUCGAGUGGACCAAAGAGGAGUACCUCUGGGGCGGGCCCACGUCGUCCAUGGGACCGGGCAUGCUGCGCAAGUACGGCGUCUCGUUGAGGGAGUCGUUUGGCAACUUGCAUUUCGGCGGAGGCGAGACAGCAUUUGAAUGGAAAGGGUAUCUGGAGGGCGCCCUCACUUCUGGUAAGAGAGUUGCGAAGGAGGUCAUCGAGGCUCUUGAAUCGGACCGUUAG